AUGGCCGCCGCUGCUUCGAGAAUUUUGCUGAAGCAGAGAGCCGCGAUUUGGUCCGGCAGUUCCACGGUGAGGAAAUUGUUCUCCACUCAAACGGUUCUCGAUUCUCCUUCUUUCGCUCAGCGGCUCAGAGAUCUGCCCAAGGAUCUUCCUGGAACCAGUAUCAGACGAGAUGCUGCUCAUCUCAUUGGCAAAACUCCAAUAGUAUAUCUUAACAAAGUCACUGAAGACUGUGGAGCUUAUGUUGCUGUGAAGCAAGAGAUCAUGCAGCCUACUUCCAGCAUUAAAGACAGACCGGCUUUCGCGAUGAUCACCGAUGCCGAAAAGAAAGGUUUGAUUACUCCAGGAAAGACGACAUUGAUCGAACCAACGUCGGGAAAUAUGGGGAUCAGUAUGGCCUUUAUGGCUACCAUGAAGGGCUACAAAAUGGUUCUAACCAUGCCUUCUUAUACAAGCUUGGAGAGGAGAGUUACAAUGAGAGCAUUUGGAGCUGACUUGAUCCUCACUGAUCCAACUAAAGGGAUGGGAGGAACUGUCAAGAAGGCUUAUGAUCUUUUGGAAUCCACACCCAAUGGUUUCAUGCUCCAACAAUUCUCAAACCCUGCCAAUACCCAGGUACAUUUUGAAACGACUGGCCCAGAGAUAUGGGAGGAUACAAAUGGACAAGUUGACAUCUUUGUGAUGGGAAUUGGCAGUGGAGGGACUGUCUCUGGGGUGGGACAGUAUCUGAAAUCUCGAAAUCCCAAUGUUAAGAUUUAUGGAGUUGAGCCAGCUGAAAGCAAUGUAUUGAAUGGUGGUAAACCAGGUCCUCAUCAUAUUACUGGCAAUGGGGUUGGAUUCAAGCCAGACAUAUUGGAUAUGGAUGUAAUGGAUAAAGUUCUUGAAGUAAGCAGUGAAGAUGCUGUAAAUAUGGCCAGAGAAUUGGCAGUGAAGGAGGGACUAAUGGUAGGAAUAUCGUCAGGGGCCAAUACUGUCGCGGCGCUAAGGCUUGCCAGAUUACCCGAAAACAAAGGCAAACUUAUUGUGACAAUUCAUCCAAGUUUUGGGGAGAGAUACUUGUCAUCUGUUCUGUUCCAAGAACUGAGGAAUGAAGCUGAGAACAUGCAACCGGUCUCAGUUGACUGAAUCCUGCAAAGAAUCUGCUUGUGAUACUUMUGCAGAAAACGAAACACAGCAAGAACAACUAUGGCUGUCGAUCGACUCGUUUCGAUUACGGGAGAAUAAAAAUUUAUGCAGCCGUUUGAUUGGGGAAGGUUUGUAGUUCAUUGUAUUGCUUGAAAAUCCAUGUUGUAAGAAAGUUUACAAUAUCAAGAGAAAAAAAGGAAAAAGAAAAAAAAAAUUCUCUUUUUUUACGUAGAUGAAAUGCAAUGUGAUGUUUUAUGA